UUCAACCUAUAUAUAUUAUAUACAUCUUUCUGUGUGUAACACAACAUGGCCAGCUACGACGUUUCUGUUUCAGGUAAUUCUUUACAGCAACCCAAGAAGGGUGACCUGAGCUUGUUCGCCUUCACCGACGACGAGAUCAUGAAUCAAAUUUAUGCCACCCAUGUCCACGAUGUUGAAAAGUUUGAUGUUGAAUCUCUUUUCAUUGUCGUCGAGAACAUCCUUAAGCGUGCCACCCAGGUCGCUGACAAUGUUGUGCUGGGAACCCAAGGAAACGUGGAACACUUGGAGGAGAAGACCCCCAAACCAACUUUUAGUCCACCCUUGUGCACCCUGAAAAACAUUUCCUGUGAGAUGCAAUGCCAGGCUCCGGGAGAGGAAACUGCAUACGAAACAACACUCUCAAUCCUCAACAAGUUAUCACACUACUCAUGGAAUACAAAAGCAGUGUUGACUCUUGCUGCUUUUGCUUUGGACUAUGGUGAUUUCUGGCUGCUUGCCCAGAGCCAAUCGACUGACCAGCUGGCCAAAUCUAUGGGAACCCUGAGGCGGGUGUCUGUGCUCUUGAAGCGCCCAACCCUGCAGAAACACAGGCAGUCACUCAUUGAACUCAACACUCUCAUCAGAUCUACACUGGAAGUGAUUGAAUGCAUCGUUGAACUGGAGAAGCUCCCCAAUUAUGCAACGGAUGUCCCUGCAUUGUCAACAUGCAUGGCCCAUAUCCCAGUCGAUGUUUUCUGGGCAAUUGCCACUGUUGUUGCCAGCACCACUCAGCUUUGUUGCCUCACAAGCGACGAAGACAAGAAGCAGGAACUUUCCCAGUUCUCUCAGAAGAUCAACGUCAUCCUCACGAAACUCAGGAGGCAGAUAACACUUUGUAGGCAACAAAUAGAGGAGGGAAAGGCUUAUUGGGAGCUCAAAAAAAUAUUUCGAACCCGUACGGAGAUCAUGGAGGUAAUUAAAGCACUGAUUUAUUCCAAGGACAACCCGCAGCCCCUGUUUGAUGGUUUUACCAAAAUACCGGUUAACAUUGAUGUGGUGAAGGGGAAGAAUGUGUUAUUGUUCAUUUCGGGGCUAGACAUAUCCAAUUAUGACAUUUCAAGUCUCAGGUCAAUUUAUGAUUCCAUAAGUAAGGGUGAUGAGUAUAAGAUUGUAUGGAUUCCAAUUGUGGACCAAUGGACUGAUGAGCUGCAAAAGAAGUUUAAGUACUGGGUGUCUAACUUCCCAUGGUACGCGGUGCAAUACUUUUCACUAAAAGCAAGCAUCAGAUUCAUCAAGGAGGAUUGGUACUUCAACGGUACUAAUCCAUCCGUUGUGGUGGUCAAUCCGCAAGGAAUGGUGGUACAUGAGAAUGCAAUCCACAUGAUCAGAUUAUGGGGAAUGAUGGCCUUCCCUUUCACCACCCUACAGGAAGAAAAUCUAUCGACUAGAAGGGAUUGGUUUGUCUCCAUAGCAACCAACGUUCACCCAAAUAUAGAUAACUGGAUCAAAGAUGAAAAGUACAUCUUUUUCUACGGAGGCAAGGACAAGGAGUGGAUCCAACAAAUUGCUAAAAGACUGACUGCACUUGCCAAUGAUGCGGCGAUAAAGGAAGCAAGGAUUCCCAUAGAGUUGGUGUGCGUUGGAAAGGGCAGCAAAGGAGAGGACAACCUGGACAUCCUAGGUCGAUUCUGGACAGGCAUUGAGAGCAUGUUCAUUUCCAAGACUCAUAGGAAGACCGAAAUCGACUCUACGACACUUGAAAUCCAGAAACUGCUUUCCUACAAGAAUGAGAGCGGAUGGGCUGUGCUGACAAAAGGAUCUAAUGUGGUGCUCAGUGGUCAUGGGACAACUAUGUCCAACGUUGUGCAGGAGGUUGACAAAUGGAAGGGGUUUGUGCACGACAAGGGCUUUGAAUUCACUUUCAAAGACCACCAUAACAAGCUUCUUCGCACUGUCCACAUCUGUUGCUGCAUUGAAAUUUCCAACACCAGUGGAAGAAUUCUUCAGAACAUGAAAUGCCCCGACUGUUCCCGCAUCAUGGAGACAUAUAUAAGCUUCAAGUGCUGCCACAGUGAUGGUUCUGCCAACGGAGUGCAUUAAUUAUAUAUGUGGCUUCUUUCUUUCUCAAGUGUUUCAAUAAGGACAGCAUCUAUCAAGAUGCAUGUCGAGUUCCUAGUUUAAGUUGAAGUCGAAGUCAGAGUCCUUGUUAACUUGUAGUACAAGUCUCGGUUGUGAGCUUAUUUAAGAAGCAGUUAUGGAAUAAAGUGGAGUAGAGAAAUAUCUUAAGACGUGAA